GCAGCUUCAGAACAAGUCGGCUUCCAAAAAGCGACAUCAUUUUCGGUAAUUUUACUUACUCUUGGCCAGCAAAGCGCUACGGCACCGGCUGUAUAAUACUAAGCGUAGUCCGAUUUCGCGCCGGCGGUGUGGUUUUUUUGUGUGCGCUUUGACCCUCCCUAUUCAACAGUGCUUUCUUGCCGCUUGCUGUGUUGUAUGAUGCAUAAUCGUUCAGACCGAUUGCCGUCGUCGAACUCGUGUUGGCAAGCCAUACAAUAGAACUAUUGUGCUCCUCGGACAACGCACUUGCACGGUAGAGAGGAAAACCCCUAAAUGCAACUGGAAGCAUUUGCUACACUUGCAUUACAACAACAGAAGGCCGUGCCUUACAGAAUUGCUUGUAAAACCGCGAACCCCGAAGGAAGCGGAGCUUAAAGAAGAUCCAAAAGAAAAAAGAGGCAAAAAGCAGCGCAUCGGCUGUCAUUUUGCAAAGCUGCAAACACGCACACAAACACACCAACAACGCACGGCUUGGAUAGUGGUUCUUCACCGAAGAAGUAACAAAUAGGAAACAAACGCGUAACCAACGACCGAAGUACGCCGCCAAAGGUGCGUCAUCGAGCGCGCUCCGAUUAGAUCGAGUGACCAUUGCCUGCUAGCAACAUUAUGCCGGACUACAGCGACCUGGACAGACAGAUCGAACAGCUGAAACGAUGCGAAAUUAUCAAGGAACACGAGGUGAAGGCACUGUGCGCAAAGGCUCGCGAAAUCCUCGUCGAGGAAGGCAACGUGCAGCGUGUUGAUUCACCGGUCACGGUGUGCGGUGACAUACAUGGCCAGUUCUACGAUCUUAAGGAACUUUUCAAGGUCGGGGGCGACGUGCCGGAGACGAAUUACCUGUUCAUGGGCGACUUCGUCGACCGAGGCUACUACAGUGUAGAAACAUUCCUGCUCUUGCUCGCCCUCAAGGUGCGCUACCCCGAUCGAAUCACGCUGAUCCGAGGCAACCACGAGUCGCGCCAGAUAACGCAAGUAUACGGGUUUUACGACGAGUGUAUCCGGAAGUACGGCUCGGUCACAGUGUGGCGCUACUGCACCGAAAUAUUCGACUACCUGUCCCUGUCGGCCAUCAUCGAUGGGAAAAUAUUCUGCGUACAUGGUGGCCUCUCUCCAUCCAUUCAGUAUUUAGAUCAGAUUCGUUCCAUCGAUCGCAAGCAAGAAGUGCCCCACGACGGCCCCAUGUGUGACCUCCUGUGGAGCGAUCCAGAAGACACCCAUGGCUGGGGCGUGUCGCCGCGAGGGGCUGGGUAUUUGUUCGGCUCGGAUGUAGUUUCACAGUUUAACGCCGCCAACGACAUAGACAUGAUAUGCCGGGCUCAUCAGCUCGUCAUGGAGGGCUACAAAUGGCACUUCAACGAAACUGUGCUCACAGUUUGGUCUGCCCCGAACUAUUGCUACAGAUGCGGCAAUGUAGCAGCUAUACUAGAAUUGAACGAAAACCUUCAGCGGGACUUUACUAUUUUUGAAGCGGCACCGCAGGAAAGUCGUGGUAUACCAUCUAAAAAACCACAGGCGGACUACUUUUUAUAAACUCAGAAAUCGUCGAAUUGUGUUCCGUUUUAUCUUUGUUUCCUCCCUGUACACUGUUAGAGCAGGAAAAGGAGCGUCCAUACAUAGAUUACGACAUUGACCCAUACAAAAGAAAAACUUACGAAUAAUUUAUACCUUUCGUACGCGACGUGCUCCUUCUUUCGCUCUGUUACCGGUGUCUUAAUAUAUAUAUUUUUCGAAUGUACAGCGUGUUUAUCGUCCUUUCUACCACUUGCGACAUGUAUCCAAUUCUUCUAUGUAACAUUGUAUGUUAUUGCCCCGUGUAGAAGAAAUCGAGAUUAUCGUAAAGCAGUUAAAAAUAUUUGACUGAUAUUUGCUCUACUUUUAAAGAAAGACUAAGAACAACCCUUGCUUAUUGCUAUUAUAUUUUACCAUCCCAUUAAGAAACCGCCAACUAUGUUAUCGAAAAGGUAUUAUGAAGCGGAACAGAAAAAAAAAAUGAAGCGAAAGAGAGAUUUAGCACAGAGGGGGAUUUUUAAGGUGAUUAGAUGAAACAAAGCCUGUACUGUAAACAAUAAUAAACUAAGAAAGGCAACGGACAAUUGUCGUGCUUGACUA